AUGGCUCCAGCUAUCGCCAUCGAUCGGGAUAUCCUCCCAGACAACAUCAAGCCCAUCAACUAUGACAUCUCGCUCUACGAUAUCGAACUUGGAGGUGCCUUCUCCUACAAGGGCACCGUCAGCAUCCUCGGCCGGAUCGUCAAGAGCACCAAGGAGAUCACGCUGAAUAGCCAUCUUCUCAAGAUCCAGAGCGCCGAAGUGUCAGUAUCACUCGAAGAUACCAAGACCCAGCAAACGUUCAAUUCAACGGCCAUCUCGUACGAUGCUCCUAGACAGCGUGCCACCAUCUCGUUUGCAGAGAACCUCCCAACGACAGAGAAGGCCACUAUUUUCAUCAAGUUCGAAGGAACUGUCAACAAUGACAUGGCUGGUUUCUACCGAUCCAAGUACAAGCCUGCGGUGGAGCCUGUGCCAUCGGUUCCCAAGGACGGAGACAGCCACGUGAUGUUCUCGACCCAAUUCGAGAGCUGUGAUGCCCGAAGAGCUUUCCCUUGCUUUGAUGAGCCAAAUCUGAAGGCAACCUUUGAUUUUGAGAUUGAGCUGCCCGAGGACCAAGUUGCCCUCUCGAAUAUGCCGGAGAAGAGCACCAAGAAGUCCAGAGACGGCUUCAAGGUUGUAUCGUUUGAGAAGACUCCGAUCAUGAGCACAUACUUAUUGGCAUGGGCAGCCGGAGACUUUGAGUAUAUCGAAGACUUCACGAAGCGCAAGUACAAUGGGAAGAACCUUCCUGUUCGUGUGUACACUACCAGGGGAUUGAAGAGUCAAGCUCAGUACGCCUUGGACCACACUCCCCAGAUCAUUGACUACUACUCGGACAUAUUUGGAAUCGAGUAUCCACUACCAAAGUGUGAUUUGCUCGCUGUCCAUGAAUUUUCUCACGGAGCGAUGGAGAACUGGGGAUUGAUAACCUAUAGAACUACGGCUGUCCUAUUCGACGAGAAGACUUCAGACGAGAAGUACAGGAACAGAAUCGCUUACGUUGUUGCCCAUGAACUUGCUCACCAAUGGUUCGGGAACCUUGUCACUAUGGAUUGGUGGAACGAGUUAUGGCUCAACGAAGGUUUCGCCACCUGGGUCGGCUGGUUGGCAACAGAUCGCAUCCAUCCAGACUGGCACGUGUGGCCUCAGUUUGUCUCUGAAAGCAUGCAAACUGCAUUUACUUUGGACUCACUCCGUAGCUCUCACCCCAUCGAAGUUCCCGUCAAGGAUGCUCUAGAUGUUGACCAAAUCUUCGACGCCAUCAGUUAUCUCAAGGGCAGCUCUGUCAUUCGCAUGUUGGCCGCCCACCUCGGACAAGAUGUCUUCUUAAAGGGCGUGGGAGACUACCUGAGAGCCCAUGCUUACGGAAAUGCGAAGACGAACGACCUGUGGUCUGCUCUCAGCAAGGCUUCCGGUCAGGAUAUUCCUGGCUUGAUUGACCCUUGGAUUCGUAAGAUCGGAUUCCCGGUUCUUACUGUCGCAGAAGAGCCAGGACAAAUCAGCGUCAGGCAGACUCGCUAUCUUUCUACUGGGGAUGUCAAGGCAGAGGAUGACGGCACCACCUGGUGGGUUCCUCUUGGACUCGAAGGCAAGGUUGGUAGAAAGGAGGUUCAACCCAUCGGAUUCUCGAAGAAGGAAGACACCGUUCGUGAUAUUGAUGACUCGUUCUACAAGCUCAACAAGGAUACUACUGGGUUCUACCGCACGAACUACCCUCCAAGCCGGCUUGCCACACUUGGAACCCAAAUCGAGCGUCUCAGUCUCUCUGACAAAAUUGGGCUGGUUGGUGACGCUGGCGCUCUGGCGUAUUCUGGAGAAGGAAGUACCCCCGGACUUCUGGCUUUCGUCGAAGGCUUCCAAGCUGAAAAUAACUACCUCGUCUGGUCACAAAUCCUGAGCUCAAUCUCUACUGUCAAGGCUAUCUUUGCAGAGGAUGAGGCAAUUUCAGAAGGCUUGAAGAAGUUCACUCUCAAAUUGAUCUCUCCCGCUGUUGAGAAUAUUGGGUGGGAAACCGCCUCUGGCGAGGAUCUACUCACCAGCCAGCUCCGUGCUCUCCUUAUCCUCACAGCAGGCUUGAACGGCCACGAGAAGGUGACCGCUGAGGCUAAGAAGCGAUUCGACCUCUACAAAUCAGGUGACAAAUCCGCCAUUCACCCCAACCUCCGCGCCGCAGUCUACAACCUCGCCAUCUUCCACGGAGGUAGAUCCGAGUUCGAGUCCAUCAAGGCGGAAUGGCACUCAACCACUUCUGUCGACGGCCGCGAAAUGACCCUCCGAGCCCUCGGCCGUAUCCAAGACCCCACUCUCCUCCCCGAGUAUCUCUCCCUCCUCUUCAAGGACGUCGCUACACAAGAUAUGCACACUGGCGCCAUGGCUAUUGCCGCAAACUCGCACACCCGCCCAGGGCUGUGGAAGUACAUUCAGGAGAAUUUUGACGCGAUCAAGGAGAAGCUGAGUAAAAACAUGGUAGUGCUCGAUCGGUUCUUGAGAUUGAGUUUGAACAAAUUCAAUGAUCGCGAGACCGAGAAAGAUAUUGCAAAAUUCUUUGAGGGUAGAGAUAACCGUGGCUAUGACCGUACGCUGAAUGUGGUCAGCGAUACAAUCCUGGGACGAGCUACGUACAAGGAGAGAGACGCGAAGGUUAUCCUGGAGUGGCUGAAGGUGCAUGGAUAUUCCUAG